AUGAUGAUUGGUGAGGACGUUGUGGACAUCAAUAAGUUACCUUCAACAUUCGCUGAUAAAUUACUAAAAGCCAGCAACUCCCGUGUCCUUCAGUUUCGUUUUCGGAUUUUUGUAGAUGAAUCGACUGAUAUGGAAAGAUGGGCUGCUACCGGUGAGUUUUCGGACGAGCUGCAAGCUGUACAGUUAGAUGAACACAUUCGUUUUCGGGAACUUGAAGAAGAGCAGGAACGCCUAAAUAGUUCACUGCUGUCUUUAUCAACACAUUUUGCACAAGUACAGUUUCGUCUGAAGCAGAUCAGUAAGGCGGAUGCAUCUGAAAGAGAUCGACUACUAAAAGAACUGGAAGAUUUUGCGUUCCGUGGUUGUAUUGAACCGGGAUUGGAAAGACGAAAGUGCUCGCCAGUGAUAGAUAAUGGCAGAAAAGAUGAUAUGGAUCAGCAAAAGGAACGACAAAAGAUACUUAUCGCUCAUUUGAAACAGCAACUGGAAGAUCUGGAGAAGUAUGCGUAUGAAAGUGGUGAAGGUGACCUUCCAAGCGCCGAAGUCAUGGCUAGACAGAAAGCAGUUAUUGACAAACUUCACGAAAAAGUGCAGUUAGAUCUAGAGCUGGAUAGAAUGUCUCGAAGCGAUUUGCAAAAAAAGGUUGAUGAGGCAUUGAAAAAGCUUGUGAAUCCAAUUAAAGCGAAAGAGCAAUUAGUGAAGCAACUGCAAGCACAGAUUGUCGAUCUUGAACGAUUUAUUGGUUUUCUGCAGACGGAAGCCAGCGAGCGCUUGCCUAAUUCAGUUGCUUCCCUACCCGUUGCACAGUCAAAGAAGGGUUCAUUCAUAAAUUUAAUAGGGUUUAACCAGAAAUUCGAGCGUAAUCAGCUGAAACAAACACCACAAGGAAGUCAUUAUGGUGAUGAGCGAGCACGGAUAGAAUUGGCGGUUGAUGCAACAACUCAAGUGAUGGAGAAGUAUCUUCUGCUUUCGGUGGAUACGGAAAAGUCUUAUGCUGAGUCAUUUAAUAAAUCAUGUGAUGAGAUUUUCAAACGGAGCGAAGAGGAAGUAGUUACCGUCAUUAGAAAACAACUGUGUCCAGCCAUGCGUGGUCUUUUGGAACAUGGUAUGAAUAACGUUGUCAAAAAUUUAGUUAAUUUCACAUCUUUGGGUUGCUAUCCUGGAAGUUCACGCGCUGCCAAAAACACCAGUGCGCGAAAGCUGGAACAUGUUUGGGAUGUUGUGAUACAUUAUUACGAUUCGAAGUUCGGUCGUGAAUACUGUGAUGCACCCAUUCGUCGUCUUUCACAAAGUUACCAGCUCGAUGUGAUUGCGGGUCGAAGUGUCACAUCAAAGCAGCUUUUACUGUCAACUAUCGAAAAUAUUACUUCAACUCACAGUCGACUGAAACGCUCUCCCGAUGCAAUGUGGAAGGCUCUGAUGUGCGCGGCACUAAAUGAGAAAAAGUUGCCAGCGUGGAUACGAACGAUUUUCUGCACAGAACAGAUUGUUGAACAGUGUUUUGCACCUUGGUCUUAUGUAGCUAAAACAGGUAUUUAUUUGAUUGUUUCAAAAUUUUAA